AUGAUGAGUUUUGCUCGCAGCUUUGCGCUUUCUAACAGUAUACACGCCUCCGGAAUCCCAGGCAGGCGAUGUCUUUUACUGGGUGACGGCGCGCCACCACACCAACGGUCUUUCUCGUCUCAUCCGCCACCCCGAGAAAAUGGAGCCCCGAACGAUAAUGAAUCUGCAACUGGUGAAGUGAAGGAGGAAGGUGCUCUGUCGCGCAGGCUGUCUGAGAUGACCGAAGAGGCUCUUUUGGAAGGUGGACGUUCAGCGCGGAAAAAUAUAGAGGCAGCGGGGUUUUCAGAUGACCUGAAGGCACAAUUGGAGGAGAAAAUCAAGACGAGCACGUUUAGGAGCGAACAUGCGGGGGCAUUUUCGGUGGCGAAUAUGCCGGCCAGCGCAGGAAAGGGCACACAGGAUAUUGCGGGUGCGACGCCGUGGCGCGAGACCGAAAGUAUUCACGAUACUGCAUUGAGAAUGCUCGACGAUAGCAAAAAGCCGAUGCGCGUUCCAUACCAAAUCCCUAAACCCACACUACCCGUCGUCAACUUGAAGCCUGCGCCCAAAACCCGUGAAUCAACCGGCCGUCGUCUCGCUAGCGCUCGUGACCGCACAAACACAUACACUCUCAGCCAGAGCGCCGGGCUAUCGGACGAAGAGCGAGAGGCCAUGCGAAGCGAGUUUCGAUCGCGGUUUGAGCCUGGUGCUCGGUCGCUCCCCAUGUCCAUACAAGGGUUGACCUCGCUGGCAAACGAGAGGAUCGAGGACGCCAUUGCUCGGGGCCAGUUCAAGAACCUGCCGCGAGGAAAAGGCAAGCAUACGCAAACCGACCACAACGCGAAUAGCCCUUUUAUUGAUACGACGGAGUAUUUUAUGAAUAAGAUUAUCCAGAAGCAGGAGAUUGUCCCGCCAUGGAUAGAAAAGCAACAGGAACUUGCUCGGGAAAUUGACCGGUUCCGACAACGUCUGCGCACGGGGUGGCGAAGGCAUGCGGCGAGAGUCAUUGCCAGCAAAGGAGGCUCAUUACAGCAACAGCAAACAAGAGCUCGAGCCUAUGCAUUGGCCGAGACCCGCUUAGCUGAAAAGAGUCGGCUAGAGGCUUCAUUUGCUUCUCCAGAAACGGGGAAUGCCAGGGAACCUUCAUUCUCACAGAUCAGUCAUGAUGGCCAGUUAGCUGCCACUUCACUGCCCGUCGGCCAGGAUCAACAGAAUCCAAUAUCAAGCGCAGAACAGGCAGAGCCAUCCGGCGAAGACACAUCAUUGCCGCAGCUAGCCCCGCUGCGAGAUCCGGACUACAUGGCCAUUGAACGCGGGUGGCACGAACUACAGAUCAAGACUCUCAAUGAUUUGACCAGAUCAUAUAACCUCCAAGCUCCGCGUCUAGCACAGAAACCUUAUUUGAAUCUGGAGCGUGAACUCAGGACAUGUUAUGCGGACGUGGCGCCUUCACUUGCAGAUGAGAUUGUCUCUCGAACGAGCAGCAAGGUGCGGUCAUCGUCGACGCAGCGUAAAGAGUCCGGUGGGAUUAUGGGGGAUAUUGUGCAGGCCAAUCAACGGGUGCGAGUAUAUGACGAAGAUAGCUCCAAGGGGUAUGGGCUGAAGGAGUUUUGGAAGGAUCUAUGGGGGAGGGGGGCAUAA